GUGUGCUGCGUGGGGAAGAAUUACGUCGAGCACGUCGGUGAGGUGGACACGCAGAUGCCGGGAAUAAGUAAAACCGCGAUACCGGAGCUGCCGAUUAUUUUUCCCAAGGCGUCGACGUCGUUGUGUGGGUCGGGGACGUCGGUGGAGUUGCGCGAACGCGAGGACGUCGAUUACGAGGGCGAGCUGACAGCCAUCAUAAAGCGCGAGUGCAAGGACAUCUCGGACGACGCGAGCGAUGUGGAUGUCAUCAGCACCUACGUCGCCGGUUGGACGAUCGCCAACGACGUGACGGCGAGAGUACUGCAAAAGAGUCACCAGCAGUGGUAUCUGGGCAAGAGCUGUGACGGAUUUUGUCCUCUGGGGCCGUGGAUCGUGGCCGGGCACGACGCUCUCCCAUCCGCCGCAUCAUUGGUCACAAAAGUUAACGGUGAGAUCCGACAAAACUCCACCGUCGACAAGAUGAUUUUCAGCACCGCGGAACUGAUCAGAUGCGUGUCCAAAUAUCAAACCUUGCGUGCCGGCGACGCGAUAUUAACGGGAACGCCGAGCGGCGUCGGCGCCGGUUUCAAUCCCAAGCGAUUCCUGCGCCCUGGCGACGUCGUGGAGAUUGAAAUAGAAGGCAUCGGCGCGCUCGUGAAC